ACAUAGGCAGGGAGCAGAGCAGGGAAGACAGAAAAUACAAGGUUGAAAAGAAUCAAGCAAGAAGGUGUUUUGUUUUGUUUUGUUUAGAAUUCUAAAAUUUAAAAGUAAUUUUACUGUAACCUAAACUUGCAGCGAUAUGAUAUGGCCAUGUAAACUUUUGUGGCACUGAAAUGUUACUGCAGGAAUGGCUUCUGGGUUUUAAAAAAUUACAAGAGAUCAUGAGCAGGAUAAUUUUUUAGCUUUAAAAAUCAACCAAUUAAUAUACAACUGGAAAUUCACAAUGCUUCGAGCCUUUGUUCAGCCUGGUACGCCUGCAUACCAGCCGCUUCCCAGCCACCUGUCUGCCGACACGGAGGUCAAGUUUAAGGGUACUUUGGUGCAUGAAGCUCAACUCAACUAUUUCUACAUCUCUCCUGGAGGUUCCAACUAUGGGAGCCCACGCCCCGCCCAUGCCAACAUGAAUGCCAAUGCGGCCGCGGGACUGGCCCCUGAGCACAUCCCCACCCCGGGGGCCGCCCUGUCCUGGCAGGCGGCCAUCGACGCAGCCCGGCAGGCGAAGCUGAUGGGCAGCGCUGGCAACGCGACCAUCUCCACGGUCAGCUCCACGCAGCGGAAGCGGCAGCAAUAUGGGAAACCCAAGAAGCAGGGCAGCACCACGGCCACACGCCCGCCCCGAGCCCUGCUCUGCCUGACCCUGAAGAACCCCAUCCGGAGGGCCUGCAUCAGCAUUGUCGAAUGGAAAUAUCCUUUACCAUUUGAAAUAAUUAUUUUACUGACUAUUUUUGCCAAUUGUGUGGCCUUAGCGAUCUAUAUUCCCUUUCCAGAAGAUGAUUCCAACGCCACUAAUUCCAACCUGGAACGAGUGGAAUAUCUCUUUCUCAUAAUUUUUACGGUGGAAGCAUUUUUAAAAGUCAUCGCCUAUGGACUCCUCUUUCACCCCAAUGCCUACCUCCGCAACGGCUGGAAUCUGCUCGAUUUUAUCAUUGUGGUCGUGGGGCUUUUUAGUGCAAUUUUAGAACAAGCAACCAAAGCAGACGGGGCGAACGCUCUCGGAGGGAAAGGGGCCGGAUUUGACGUGAAAGCGCUGAGGGCCUUCCGCGUGCUGCGGCCCCUGCGGCUGGUGUCCGGAGUCCCAAGUCUCCAGGUGGUCCUGAAUUCCAUCAUCAAGGCCAUGGUCCCCCUGCUGCACAUCGCCCUGCUCGUGCUGUUUGUCAUCAUCAUCUACGCCAUCAUCGGCCUGGAGCUCUUCAUGGGGAAGAUGCACAAGACCUGCUACAACCAGGAGGGCAUAGCAGAUGUUCCAGCAGAAGAUGACCCUUCCCCUUGUGCGCUGGAAACAGGCCAUGGGCGGCAGUGCCAGAACGGCACGGUGUGCAAGCCCGGCUGGGAUGGUCCCAAGCACGGCAUCACCAACUUUGACAACUUUGCCUUCGCCAUGCUCACGGUGUUCCAGUGCAUCACCAUGGAGGGCUGGACGGACGUGCUGUACUGGGUCAAUGAUGCCGUAGGAAGGGACUGGCCCUGGAUCUAUUUUGUUACACUAAUCAUCAUAGGGUCAUUUUUUGUACUUAACUUGGUUCUCGGUGUGCUUAGCGGAGAGUUUUCCAAAGAGAGGGAGAAGGCCAAGGCCCGGGGAGAUUUCCAGAAGCUGCGGGAGAAGCAGCAGCUAGAAGAGGAUCUCAAAGGCUACCUGGACUGGAUCACUCAGGCCGAAGACAUCGAUCCCGAGAACGAGGACGAAGGCAUGGAUGAGGAGAAGCCCCGAAACAUGAGCAUGCCCACCAGUGAGACCGAGUCCGUCAACACCGAAAACGUGGCUGGAGGUGACAUCGAGGGAGAAAACUGCGGGGCCAGGCUGGCCCACCGGAUCUCCAAGUCCAAGUUCAGCCGCUACUGGCGCCGGUGGAAUCGGUUCUGCAGAAGAAAGUGCCGUGCCGCGGUCAAGUCUAAUGUCUUCUACUGGCUGGUGAUUUUCCUGGUGUUCCUCAACACGCUCACCAUUGCCUCUGAGCACUACAACCAGCCCCACUGGCUCACAGAAGUCCAAGACACGGCGAACAAGGCCCUGCUGGCCCUGUUCACGGCAGAGAUGCUCCUGAAGAUGUACAGCCUGGGCCUGCAGGCCUACUUCGUGUCCCUCUUCAACCGCUUUGACUGCUUCGUCGUGUGUGGCGGCAUCCUGGAGACCAUCCUGGUAGAGACCAAGAUCAUGUCCCCACUGGGCAUCUCCGUGCUCCGAUGCGUCCGGUUGCUGAGGAUAUUCAAGAUCACGAGGUACUGGAACUCCUUGAGCAACCUGGUGGCAUCCUUGCUGAACUCUGUGCGCUCCAUCGCCUCCCUGCUCCUUCUCCUGUUCCUCUUCAUCAUCAUCUUCUCCCUCCUGGGGAUGCAGCUCUUUGGAGGAAAGUUCAACUUUGAUGAGAUGCAGACCCGGAGGAGCACAUUUGAUAACUUCCCCCAGUCCCUCCUCACUGUGUUUCAGAUCCUGACCGGGGAGGACUGGAAUUCGGUGAUGUAUGAUGGGAUCAUGGCUUAUGGCGGCCCCUCUUUUCCAGGGAUGUUAGUCUGUAUUUACUUCAUCAUCCUCUUCAUCUGUGGAAACUAUAUCCUACUGAAUGUGUUCUUGGCCAUUGCUGUGGACAACCUGGCUGACGCUGAGAGCCUCACAUCUGCCCAAAAGGAAGAGGAAGAGGAGAAGGAGAGAAAGAAGCUGGCCAGGACUGCCAGCCCAGAGAAGAAACAAGAGAUGGUGGAGAAGCCGGCAGUGGAGGAAUCCAAGGAGGAGAAGAUUGAGCUGAAAUCCAUCACGGCUGACGGAGAGUCUCCACCCACCACCAAGAUCAACAUGGAUGACCUCCAGCCCAAUGAAAAUGAGGAUAAGAGCCCCUACCCCAACCCAGAGACGACAGGAGAAGAGGAUGAGGAGGAGCCAGAGAUGCCUGUCGGCCCUCGCCCACGCCCACUCUCUGAGCUUCACCUUAAGGAAAAGGCAGUGCCCAUGCCAGAAGCCAGCGCGUUUUUCAUCUUCAGCUCUAACAACAGGUUUCGCCUCCAGUGCCACCGCAUUGUCAACGACACAAUCUUCACCAACCUGAUCCUCUUCUUCAUUCUGCUCAGCAGCAUUUCCCUGGCUGCUGAGGACCCGGUCCAGCACACCUCCUUCAGGAACCAUAUUCUGUUUUAUUUUGAUAUUGUUUUUACCACCAUUUUCACCAUUGAAAUUGCUCUGAAGAUCCUAGGCAAUGCAGACUAUGUCUUCACUAGUAUCUUUACAUUAGAAAUUAUCCUUAAGAUGACUGCUUACGGGGCUUUUCUGCACAAGGGCUCCUUCUGCCGGAACUACUUCAACAUCCUGGACCUGCUGGUGGUCAGCGUGUCCCUCAUCUCCUUUGGCAUCCAGUCCAGUGCAAUCAAUGUCGUGAAGAUCUUGCGAGUCCUGCGAGUACUCAGGCCCCUGAGGGCUAUCAACAGGGCCAAGGGGCUAAAGCAUGUGGUUCAGUGUGUGUUUGUCGCCAUCCGGACCAUCGGGAACAUCGUGAUUGUCACCACCCUGCUGCAGUUCAUGUUCGCCUGCAUCGGGGUCCAGCUCUUCAAGGGAAAGCUGUACACCUGUUCAGACAGUUCCAAGCAGACAGAGGCAGAAUGCAAGGGCAACUACAUCACGUACAAAGACGGGGAGGUUGACCACCCCAUCAUCCAGCCCCGCAGCUGGGAGAACAGCAAGUUUGACUUUGACAAUGUUCUGGCAGCCAUGAUGGCCCUCUUCACCGUCUCCACCUUCGAAGGGUGGCCAGAGCUGCUGUACCGCUCCAUCGACUCCCACACCGAAGACAAGGGUCCCAUCUACAAUUACCGCGUGGAGAUCUCCAUCUUCUUCAUCAUCUACAUCAUCAUCAUCGCCUUCUUCAUGAUGAACAUCUUCGUGGGCUUCGUCAUCGUCACCUUCCAGGAGCAGGGGGAGCAGGAGUACAAGAACUGUGAGCUGGACAAGAACCAGCGACAGUGUGUGGAAUACGCCCUCAAGGCCCGGCCCCUGCGGAGGUAUAUCCCCAAGAACCAGCACCAGUACAAAGUGUGGUACGUGGUCAACUCCACCUACUUCGAGUACCUGAUGUUCGUCCUCAUCCUGCUCAACACCAUCUGCCUGGCCAUGCAGCACUACGGCCAGAGCUGCCUGUUCAAAAUCGCCAUGAACAUCCUCAACAUGCUCUUCACUGGCCUCUUCACUGUGGAGAUGAUCCUGAAGCUCAUUGCCUUCAAACCCAAGGGUUACUUUAGUGAUCCCUGGAAUGUUUUUGACUUCCUCAUCGUAAUUGGCAGCAUAAUUGACGUCAUUCUCAGUGAGACUAAUCACUAUUUCUGUGAUGCAUGGAAUACAUUUGACGCCUUGAUUGUUGUGGGUAGCAUUGUUGAUAUAGCAAUCACCGAGGUAAACCCAGCUGAACAUACCCAAUGCUCUCCCUCUAUGAACGCAGAGGAAAACUCGCGCAUCUCCAUCACCUUCUUCCGCCUAUUCCGGGUCAUGCGCCUGGUGAAGCUGCUGAGCCGCGGGGAGGGCAUCCGGACGCUGCUGUGGACCUUCAUCAAGUCCUUCCAGGCCCUGCCCUAUGUGGCCCUCCUGAUCGUGAUGCUGUUCUUCAUCUACGCGGUGAUCGGGAUGCAGGUGUUUGGGAAAAUUGCCCUGAAUGAUACCACAGAGAUCAACCGGAACAACAACUUUCAGACCUUCCCCCAGGCUGUGCUGCUCCUCUUCAGGUGUGCCACCGGGGAGGCCUGGCAGGACAUCAUGCUGGCCUGCAUGCCAGGCAAGAAGUGUGCCCCGGAGUCCGAGCCCGGCAACAGCACGGAGGGUGAGACACCCUGUGGCAGCAGCUUUGCCGUCUUCUACUUCAUCAGCUUCUACAUGCUCUGUGCCUUCCUGAUCAUCAACCUCUUUGUAGCUGUCAUCAUGGACAACUUUGACUACCUGACAAGGGACUGGUCCAUCCUUGGUCCCCACCACCUGGACGAGUUUAAAAGAAUCUGGGCAGAGUAUGACCCUGAAGCCAAGGGUCGUAUCAAACACCUGGAUGUGGUGACCCUCCUCCGGCGGAUUCAGCCUCCACUAGGUUUUGGGAAGCUGUGCCCUCACCGCGUGGCUUGCAAACGCCUGGUCUCCAUGAACAUGCCUCUGAACAGCGACGGGACGGUCAUGUUCAAUGCCACCCUGUUUGCCCUGGUCAGGACAGCCCUGAGGAUCAAAACAGAAGGGAACCUCGAACAGGCCAAUGAGGAGCUGCGGGCCAUCAUCAAGAAGAUCUGGAAGCGGACCAGCAUGAAGCUGCUGGACCAGGUGGUGCCUCCUGCAGGCGAUGAUGAGGUCACCGUUGGCAAGUUCUACGCCACAUUCCUGAUCCAGGAGUACUUCCGGAAGUUCAAGAAGCGCAAAGAGCAGGGCCUUGUGGGCAAACCCUCCCAGAGGAACGCGCUGUCUCUGCAGGCUGGCUUGCGCACGCUGCACGACAUCGGGCCUGAGAUCCGACGGGCCAUCUCUGGAGAUCUCACCGCUGAGGAGGAGCUGGACAAGGCCAUGAAGGAGGCUGUGUCCGCUGCUUCUGAAGAUGACAUCUUCAGGAGGGCCGGUGGCCUGUUCGGCAACCACGUCAGCUACUACCAAAGCGACGGCCGGAGCGCCUUCCCCCAGACCUUCACCACUCAGCGCCCGCUGCACAUCAACAAGGCGGGCAGCAGCCAGGGCGACACUGAGUCGCCGUCCCACGAGAAGCUGGUGGACUCCACCUUCACCCCCAGCAGCUACUCGUCCACCGGCUCCAAUGCCAACAUCAACAAUGCCAACAACACCGCCCUGGGUCGCCUCCCUCGCCCCGCCGGCUACCCCAGCACAGUCAGCACUGUGGAGGGCCAUGGGCCCCCCUUGUCCCCUGCCAUCCGGGUGCAGGAGGUGGCGUGGAAGCUCAGCUCCAAAAGGGAAAGCCACGCCCUGGUGUGGGAGGGUCUGGAGCUCAGGAGGGAUUCAGGCUCAGCAGGGACUCAGGCUCACUGCCCUCUGCUCAGGAGAGCAAACCCCUCUAGGUGCCACUCCGGGGAGAGCCAGACAGCCAUGGUGGGUCCGGAGGAGACGUCUCAGGAUGAGACCUAUGAAGUGAAGAUGAACCAUGACGCGGAGGCCUGCAGUGAGCCCAGCCUGCUCUCCACAGACAUGCUGUCCUACCAGGAUGACGAAAAUCGGCAACUGACGCUCCCAGAGGAGGACAAGAGGGACAUCCGGCAAUCCCCAAAGAGGGGUUUCCUCCGCUCCGCCUCACUAGGUCGAAGGGCCUCCUUCCACCUGGAAUGUCUGAAGCGACAGAAGGACCGAGGGGGAGACAUCUCUCAGAAGACAGUCCUGCCCUUGCAUCUGGUUCAUCAUCAGGCAUUGGCAGUGGCAGGCCUGAGCCCCCUCCUCCAGAGAAGCCAUUCCCCUGCCUCAUUCCCCAGGCCUUUUGCCACCCCCCCGGCCACACCUGGCAGCCGAGGCUGGCCGCCACAGCCCAUCCCCACCCUGCGGCUGGAGGGCGCCGAGUCCAGUGAGAAACUCAACAGCAGCUUCCCGUCCAUCCACUGCGGCUCCUGGGCUGAGACCACCCCCGGUGGCGGGGACAGCAGCACCACCCGGAGAGCCCGGCCCGUCUCCCUCAUGGUGCCCAGCCAGGCUGGGGCCCCGGGGAGGCAGUUCCACGGCAGUGCCAGCAGCCUGGUGGAAGCGGUCUUGAUUUCUGAAGGACUGGGGCAGUUCGCUCAAGAUCCCAAGUUCAUUGAGGUCACCACCCAGGAGCUGGCGGACGCCUGCGACAUGACCAUAGAGGAGAUGGAGAGCGCGGCCGACAACAUCCUCAGCGGGGGCGCCCCGCAGAGCCCCAAUGGCGCCCUCUUACCCUUUGUGAACUGCAGGGACGCGGGGCAGGACCGAGCCGGGGGCGAAGAGGACGCGGGCUGUGCGCGCGCGCGGGGGCGCCUGAGCGAGGAGGAGCUCCAGGACAGCAGGGUCUACGUCAGCAGCCUGUAGUGGGCGCUGCCAGAUGCGGGCUUUUUUUAUUUGUUUCAAUGUUCCUAAUGGGUUCGUUUCAGAAGUGCCUCACUGUUCUCGUGACCUGGAGUUAACCGGAACAGCGUCUUCAUUCAUUUCUGUUGGGACAAGACGCGGAGCCUGGGUGCGCGAGCCGCCCUCCGGGAGGAAGGCGCCCGGCUGCAUCUGCAGAGGCGGGGAGAGGAGGCGGCGAGGGUCCCGGGGCGCGAGGAAGGCGCCUGCCCUCUCCCAGCCCGCAGGCCCCGGGCCCGGCCGCGCCUCUGCGGGGAGAGCACCCCGGCUUCCCGCGCGCCCUCACCCAAAGGACCCUACAGCAAACGGGUGUCUUUCGACUCUGCUUGUAGAAACCAUUUGCACAUAUUCUGUACGAGCCUCGCUGUCUCCCUAGAGCCAGGGUCCCGCGGAUUUGGAGAAGGGAGCGGGGCAGGACUUCCAGGAGGACCCCAGCCCGGCCCGGAGAGGGAGGAGGCGGCCGUCAGGGGCGCGGAGCUUUGGGGAUGGGCGUCGGGCGGGCCGUGGUGCCGCUCACCCCGACCCGCCCCUGCCCACCUGCGACGGGAUCCCCCGACCCGCACGGGCCACGCCGAGCUCCCGGCCAGCCGCCGGCCCGCAGGCAGCGCGAGGGAGGAGCUGCGCCGCCGGGAAGGGGCCGCCGGCUCCGCGCAACCAGGUGGUGCUGAGCUUCCGCUGAGCGCUCUUUUGUUUUGUGGUUUGACACUUUUCUUGACAGCAUGUUGCAGUUUCUUUUUGGUUUUGGGUUUUUUAUUUUUUAUUUUGUUUUCCCAGGGGGAGGGGAGGAAGAAGAGUGUUUACAAAGUCCUGUAGCCCCCUCACCUUUCUGUUUUCACUUUUGCCAAUGUACAUCCGGUUUGGUUUUCUUGUAUUAUUUAAACGGUUGUGGUUUCCUUUUUCCACGGAGGUUCAAUAGAAGCCGCUGCAGGAGAGUUUUACCAACCAUUGUGUAUGCCCAAUAAUUUGUUAUCAUUUCCUUAGGUAGCAACCUAUUUUUGUUCUGGUUUGGUUCGGUUUUCUCAUGGAAAGGUAAUUGCAACGCACUUGAUGUGGUCUUGCACAUGUGGGUGAUAGAGUUGGGUUCCUUUUAAUGCUGGGUGUACAGGUGGGUUUGGGAGAGGAGCAUGCGUGAGAGUCUCCGAGUGUGUGCGACGCGUGUGUGUGUGGUGGGUUGUCUGUGUGCAUAUGUCCUGCCUAUGUAUAUGCACCCACACCAUGUGCCCGUGCACACCAGUGACUACGCAGUCCCCCCUUUCUGGUUUAGCUGUGAGAAGAUCUGAAUCUGGGGCCAUUUGAAAGCAAAAACAAAGCACUGUCUCUGCUUCUGAAAUGGGAAUCAGUAACUCUUUGCAUUUUCUGUCCCACAAGAUAUGCAAAAACAAUGCAAUAAUAUUCAUUUAAAAAUACAAUUGUGAGUUGUGUUGGCAUUAAAACUGUAUUUUAAAAAAAAGACACAGAAAUUUAAGGGAAAAACACAAGAAGGCAUUUUGCUUCACUAUAUUCCGUGUAAUGUUUUAUUGCAUUGAUAAUGUUUCUGUUGAAGAAACCGUUAUACUUGAAUUCAGGUCAGUUUCAGUAUUUUUCAAAUAUUUUUUUAAAACUGAAUUGCAAUUGUGCCAAGCGAAUAUAAUGAAUUGAAUUAA